GUCCUUUCAGACAAAAACUAUCUCAUAUUUUGUGACAUUUUUAGCAUAGCAUGCCUUCUAAUAUCCGUCGUGGGUAGCGUAGGAAAUGUGGUUUCUAUCAAAGUCUUUAUUUCAAUGGGACUAAGAGAUGGCGUCACCACUUCCUUCGUGUUCCUAGUGACGGCGGAUUUAAUUUAUCUUGUCGUCAUGGCCGCCCACGCUGUCGCUCUUCAGCUUUUUGUGAUCGAGAAGAAAAGUCAGUACAGAACAUGGUUCAACGUUGAUCCGUUCGGCGUGUACAUAGUUUUUGCCAACAUUGCAAACUUAAUCUACUUUGAAACGAUCACGAUAACAACAAUGCUGGCAGUCGUUCGCUGCAUGUGCGUUGCGAUGCCGCUCAAAUUUAAAAACGUUUUCAACAGGGGGACAUCCAGCGUCGCGUCGUUCGUCUUUUGCGUCCUUGGCCUGGCCAGCUACCUGCCCGUUCUUGUGUACAUGGCCUUGAUCCCGGGGUACGACCCGAGAGUCAACGCGACGAGAUCGGUACUUUGGAUAUCCCCCCAAAGGGAGGAGAGUAAGCACGCUGUUUGGAUCACCAGGGACGUGUCUUUCACCUUCGCCAGCGAGGUCGUUGUCAUCGUUUGUGUCAUCGUCAUGGCAAGAAGAAUCCGAGCUGCAUCCAGGUUCCGCCAGAUGUCAACACUCAACGGUUUAAACAAGCCGGAAUCCAUCACGAGAAAAGGACCGUCAACGAAAACAUCACAGAAGAACGCAAGGCGUCAAAUGAAAGGUGAUGACAUUGAAAAGUCGAUACCACAUGUACAGGAGAUCACAAAGUCGAUACCACAUGUACAGGAGAUCACAAAGCCGAUACCACAUGUACAGAAGAUGACAAAGUCAGAAGUCAGGCAGAACUUGAGCAAAACGUCCAACAGAGAGCUCUCCGUUGUUAAACAGGUUGUUCUAAUCUCAACGGUGUACAUUGUAAGUAACGCUCCAAAAAUAGUUUUUGUCAUAGUGUCGUUUUUCUAUACCGAGUUCACCCUCGGCAAGAGUUAUCAGAACCUCUACCUGGUCGGAGUCUCGUCCAUGGAGUUUUUCCAGACUUGCAGCUCGAGUAUCAACAUAUUCAUAUACUACAAAUUCAACACCAAGUUUAGAAAGUAUUGUACAUUACGAAAGUAG